AAGAUUCAGAACAUAACGAUGUUACCACCGACAGUUAUAACAACGAUGAAAACAAAGGACCUACAGAAAAAGAAAAGGGAAAAGAGAAAAAAAGACAAAAAGACAGAGAAAAGAAUAAAAACCAAAUAUUCAAAGUUGGAGCGAUAGUUGGUAUAUCAGUUGGAAUAACAGGCACAAUCAUAUUAUUUUUGAUCAUACUGGCUAUUAUUUAUGUAUGCAGACGAAGAUCAAAGAAAAAGAAGAGAAAGAACACGACAAGACUACAGUCUAUCGACCAAAGAUUUGAGAUGACAAAUCUAAAUAGUAGUACAUCCUGUACAAACAAGAAAGAAUACAAUAUUCUGUCUACAAACAAAUCUUUAAACGCUUACAAGGCGCAAGGCGAGUACUUUGUUCUCGAUCCCUCCAUUACGAAAUAUGAUAAAGACUUGAGGAACCAGAAAUUACCAGAAAUAAAAAGAUGCAGUAGUACAGAUGGUGAUGAGAGUGUCUACUAUGAAAUUGAUGAAGACAAAAUGAAAUUAUCGACAGAUUUGGAGGGCGUUCACAAGAAGCAAAUAAAAGAAGGUAGAACGCAAGGUUCUCUCCAUAGUUAUCGGACCAAAGAUCUAUUAGGAUCAUCGAUGAAAAGCGAACAACUUACAAGACUAAUAUCUGAUGACCAACGAAUUGAGAUGGCAAAUCUUGAAAGUAAUAAAUCUAGUACAAAUAAGGAAGAAAACAUUGUAAUUCCUGCAAACAUCGUCAAGGCACAAGGCGAGUACUUUGUUCUCGAUCCAUCAGUGACGAAAUAUGACAAAGACUUGAGCAGUCGGGUCUUACAAGAAGAUAAUAAAUUGAAUGUUUCACAGGGUGAAGAGAAAGUUUACAAUGAAGUUGAUGAAAAUAAAACAGAAGCCUCAAAAGAUGGGUUGACAGAUCACCAGAAGCAAAUAGAAGAAUUUCGAGAUAUUUAUCUAUUUACCAUACUGAUCUCACCAGCAAUCAAAACCAAUUAG